CAAAGUGCCCCAGUGGAAGUGCUCGACACCCCGCUCGUCUUUAGCCCAUCGUUGAGCUACAGUCACUGGGUACGGGACACACAUGGCGUCCACGAAUAAAGUGCCGUUACAGGCCAGGAACUUACCGUGGGUUGAAAAAUACCGACCGCAGAAACUUGAAGACCUGAUCUCACACAAAGAUAUUCUGACCACCAUCCAGAAGUUCAUCAGCGAGGAGAAGCUUCCCCACCUGCUGUUCUACGGGCCGCCCGGGACCGGCAAGACCUCCACCAUCCUGGCCUGUGCCAAGCAGCUGUACCAAGAGAAGGAGUUCAACUCCAUGGUGCUGGAGCUCAACGCAUCAGACGACAGAGGCAUCGAUGUGGUCCGAGGUCCCAUUCUGAGCUUCGCCAGCACCAGGACCAUCUUCAAGAGGGGCUUCAAGCUGGUGAUACUGGACGAGGCCGAUGCCAUGACCCAGGAUGCCCAGAAUGCAUUGCGGCGAGUGAUUGAGAAGUAUACAGAGAACACUCGUUUCUGCCUGAUUGGUAACUACCUGUCUAAGAUCAUCCCGGCUCUUCAGUCCCGGUGCACCCGGUUCCGGUUCGGCCCGCUGACCCCGGACCAGAUGGUCCCCCGUCUGGAGUACGUGGUGCAGCAGGAGAGCAUUGACAUCAACCCCGGGGGCAUGAAGGCCAUCGUGACCUUGUCCUCGGGCGACAUGAGGAGGUCGCUCAACAUACUACAGAGCACCAGCAUGGCAUACGGGAAGGUGACGGAGGAGACGGUGUACACCUGCACGGGUCACCCAUUGCGCUCCGACAUCGCCAACAUCCUGGACUGGUGCCUCAACAAGGACUUCACCUCGGCCUACAAGCAAAUCCUGCAGCUGAAGGUGCUAAAGGGUUUGGCCCUGAACGACAUCAUCACCGAGGUUCACCUGCUCGUACACAGAGUGGACUUUCCUCAGGCUAUCCGGAUUGGUCUGCUCAUCAAGUUGGCCGACAUCGAGCACCGGCUCGCCUCAGGGACCAAUGAGAAGAUCCAGCUGAGCUCCAUGGUGGCAGCGUUCCAGAGCGUCAGAGAGCUGGUGGUCAGUGAGGCGUCCUAGAGGAGCUGACUCAUCACUCCUUCAUGAUGGAGAGAAGCUGUUCAUCACGACUCUUCAUGAUGAGAGAGAAGUCGCCACGUGAGGGCUGACCACCACGAUGCACCGCCAAGAAACACAUCGGUCCCUCACACAAAUGAGAAGAUUGUUACUAACGAAGACAACGAGAUCAUUUGGGCAACUUGUAAAGUGUAGCUGUAGGAGCCCGGUCAAGUGGCUAAAAUACAUCAAAGAAAACAUCUCAGACGUGUUUUGAAUGUUUAAUAAAACUAUUUCCUAUA